GUUGUUGCGGAGGGCGGACGACCAUUCUACUGCUGUUAGAAACUUUUUCUGCUGUCCGAAAAUCAGUGUUAUGUGAAGAAAAUGGCGAAAAUUACAUUCAAAAUCAAUGGGAAGCUAUACGUUGCGGACGGCAGAUACGGUCCAGAGGUGUCCCUGAACGAGUACAUAAGGAACGUGGCUGACCUGCGCGGGACCAAGGCGAUGUGCCACGAGGGGGGGUGCGGCGCAUGCGUUGUCGCCGUACGCGCAGCCGUGCCUCCCAGCAACCAGAUGAAAACCUUCUCUGUAAAUUCUUGCCUGGUUUCCGUGUUAUCCUGCCACGGCUGGGAGGUCACGACCGUUGAGGGUCUGGGAAGUCGCACCAAGGGUUACCAUAGCAUCCAGCAGCGAUUAGCUCAAUUUAACGGCACCCAGUGUGGCUAUUGCACGCCCGGCUGGGUCUGCAGCAUGUACAGCCUGCAAGAGUCAAAGAAGAAAUUAACGACAAAAGAAAUAGAAAACUCUUUCGCUGGUAACAUGUGCCGAUGCACAGGUUACAGGCCCAUUAUUGACGCUUUCAAAACCUUCGCCACUGAUGCGGAUGACCGCCUGAAAAAGAAACUGGUGGACUUAGAAGACCUUCAUAUGUUUAAGCCUUGUGGAGUAAAAUGUGCUGAGAAGAAAUGUAUUCACGGCAAAUGUAAUGCUAAAGAUGAAAAUUCUGAUGAGAAUGAUAAUAGAGGUACUAAUAUUGAUGUAUUUCAUGAGGACCCAACAGAAAGUAGGACAGAAGAAGAUUGGUGUUUAGUAGGAGAAACAAAUAAAAUGAUCGAAGUGGAUUGCGGCGCUUGUAAAUGGUUCAAACCAUAUAUCUUGAGUGAUGUUUUCAAAGCGAUGGGGCGUGGUAGUGAUUAUAAAUUGAUCGCUGGAAAUACAGGGCAAGGUGUGUACCAUGUAACCGUCUACCCUCAAAUCGUGAUCGAUAUUUUCAACGUCUUCGAGUUGAAGGGUUAUCAGGUAGACGUGAACCUGGUUCUUGGAGCUGGUAUGCCUCUGUCUGAGAUGAUGGAGCUCUUUCUCAAGCUAUCAGCUGACAAUCAGGACUUUGCUUACCUGAAAGAACUGUAUGACCACAUGGACCUAGUGGCUCAUUUCCCUGUGAGGAAUAUUGGCACUAUUGGUGGUAACUUGUAUAUGAAGUACACAAACAAAGAUUUUCAGUCAGAUGUGUUCCUUUUGUUUGAAACUGUAGGCGCUAUGGUUACGAUUGCCGAGGCAUCUGGUAAGAAGGCAGUAUCAUUUCCAGACUUCCUAAAGAUGGACAUGAAACGGAAGAUAAUAUUGAACAUAAUGUUGCCACCGCUGUCCCGAACUUGUUUCAUAAAAACUUAUAAGAUAAUGCCUCGAUCUCAAAACGCCCAUGCUGUAGUCAACGCAGGAUUUCUUUUUAAAUUUAAAGAAAACUCGAACUUAGUAGAGACAGCCAGUUUGGUUUACGGAAGUAUCUCUCCUACUUUCAUACACGCUACAAAAACUGAAGGUCUGUUGAUUGGAAAAGAACUUUUCACUGAUGAUACUCUGCAAAUGGCUUUGAAGAGUCUGUCUGAAGAAAUAAUUCCUGAAGAAGCGCCCCCUGAGCCUUCUGCUGCUUAUAGGAAGAUGCUGGCUCUUGCAUUGUUCUAUAAGGCGAUUCUGGCUUUGUGCCCGGAGGACAAAAUCAAUCCAAAGUUCAAAUCGGGAGGCGAUGCUAUUAAGCGCAGCACUUCUCAGGGCACCCAGAUAUUCGACACUGACAAGAGCGUCUGGCCAUUAAACCAGCCAUUGCCGAAGCUUGAGGCCCUGGUCCAGUGCAGUGGCGAGGCCACAUUUGCGAACGACCUCCCAACUCAGACUGGGGAGGUGUUUGGAGCGUUCGUCAUGGCUGAUGCUAAGCCUGGAAGUAUUAUUAGUGGGUUUGAUGCUUCAGAAGCUCUGAAAAUGCCAGGGGUAAUCGCCUUCUAUACUGCCAAAGACAUUCCGGGUGACAACUCAUUUACCCCUCUAAAUGCUCCUUUAAUUAUUGAGAAUGAAGAAAUCCUUUGCACUGGAAAAGUACUCUUCUACGGCCAACCAGCUGGUAUCAUAGUAGCUGAUAGAGACAAGACUGCUACUAAAGCUGCUAAUAUGGUGAAGGUAAAAUAUUCAUCCAUAAGCCAAAAUAAACCUAUAUUAACAGCACAAGAUGUUUUGGCUUCUCCAGAAAAAGACAAACGAUUAACCAGGGAUAAGACGGUGGAGCCUACAAAUACUGGCAAAGAUGUUAAGUGUACUCUUUAUGGAGAGAUGUCCUUGGAAACUCAGUACCAUUAUACUAUGGAGCCGCAAACUUGUGUUGUGAAGCCAACUGAAGAUGGAUACGAAGUGUAUUCGUCGACGCAAUGGCUAGAUAUCACAAAUAUCGCUGUUGCACAGUGUAUCAAAGUGCCUUUAAACAGUGUCAACGUGAUCGUGCGUCGCGUGGGCGGCGCGUACGGCGGUAAGAUCACGCGCUCGACUCAGUGCGCCUGCGCGGCGGCAAUAGUUUGCCGGCUGACAGGCAGGACUUGCCGCUUUAUACUGCCCAUUGAAACCAACAUGAAAGUGACCGGGAAGCGACUGCCUACUUACUGUAACUUUGAGACUGGAGUUAACAAAGACGGCCUGAUCCAGUAUAUGAGGGUCCAGUAUUACCAGGAUAACGGGUGCUCCCGCAAUGAGUCCAUCAGCAAGAUCACGCUAAACCACUUGCGCAACUGCUACGAUGACCGGAGGUGGCACGUGGAAGCCAACAGUGUGGCCACAGACACGCCCUCCAACACUUGGUGUCGAGCUCCCGCUUCAACAGAAGGAGUAGCAAUGAUAGAGAAUAUUAUGGAAAGAAUAGCUUACAACACCGGCAAAGACCCGCUGGAUGUGAGAAUGCUUAACAUGGCUAAAGGUGACAACCCUAUCCCUGAACUAAUAGCACAGGUCAAGCGAGACGCGAACUAUGACGAGAGAAUUGACGAAAUCAAGAAGUUUAACGACAAUAACCGUUGGAAGAAGCGCGCUAUGAAACUCAUACCAAUGACUUACGAAUUGUUCUACAUUGGCCCGUUUAAUGCUCUGAUAAGCGUUUACCACGGAGAUGGUUCUGUGGUUUUAACCCACGGAGCCGUAGAGAUGGGACAAGGCAUCAAUACUAAAGCAGCGCAAGUCUGCGCAUAUACACUUGGAAUACCUUUGGAGAAAAUCAGCGUGAAACCCAGUAGCAGCUUCACAUCACCCAACGCAAUGGCUACAGGAGCCAGUGUAGGGAGCGAGUGCGUUGCUUACGCUACCACGAAAGCCUGUGAAAUACUUCUGGAAAGGCUAAAGCCUAUAAGAGAGAAGCUAGGCAAAGCGACUUGGGAGCAACUUAUUCAGGAAGCGUUCGAUUCUAAUGUCGAUUUACAAGCUUCAUACAUGUACUCGCUGGCAGACGAUGUCAAACCGUACGGUAUUUACGCUGUGGUUAUUCUGGAAGUCGAGGUUGAUAUCUUGACUGGAAACCAUGAUGUUCGAAGAGUCGACUUGCUUGAAGACACCGGGCGAAGCUUGAAUCCAGAAAUUGAUAUUGGACAGAUUGAAGGAGCCUUUGUGAUGGGUCUCGGAUACUGGACUUCAGAGAAGGUCAUGUUUGACCGGGAAACUGGCAGGAUCCUCACAGACCGGACUUGGACCUACAAACCUCCGGGAAUCAAGGACAUCCCAGCUGAUUUCAGGGUCUACUUCCGAAGAAACGCUAAAAACCCUUACGGAAUACUUCAGUCGAAAGCGACAGGGGAGCCGUCGUUCUGCCUAGCUGUGGUGAUCACGCAUGCGUUCCGCGAGGCUGCGCGUGCGGCGCGCCUUGAUGCGGGAUACGAAGAUCAAUGGGUCGAUAUCAAAUGCCCUUGCACCGUGGAAAACAUCUUCAUGGCAGUAGGACACAAGAUCGAACAUUUCAAGUUGAAAUAAUGUAAACAUGAAGUCCUUUGGUUCAGUACGAUCUACUCUGAACCGACGUGCGUUAAGAUGCAGCUACCGAAGCACUUGAAAAUAGCAGCCGGCGCUGGUGGGGCAGCCAUAUUUGGAGCACUGUUCGGCUGGGUCAUGUUCCCGGCUAUACUCAAGAUGCAACUUAAAAAGGAAAUGGCGCUCUCCAAGAAGACGGACGUUCGACAGAUGUGGGAGAAGAUCCCAUUCGCUCUAGACUUCAAGGUAUACCUGUUCAACUACACCAACGCAGAUGAAGUCCAGAAGGGAGCCAUCCCGAUCGUCAAGGAAGUGGGCCCGUACCAUUUUGACGAAUGGAAGGAGAAGGUGGAUAUAGAGGACCACGAGGAAGACGACACGAUAACUUAUAAAAAGGUGGACCUAUUCUACUUCCGACCGGACCUCUCCGGACCUGGACUUACAGGCGAGGAGAUCAUCGUCAUGCCGCAUGUUUUUAUGCUGGGAAUGGCAACAGUGGUGACGAAAGAGAAACCAGCAAUGCUGAACAUGAUCGGUAAAGCCUUUAACGGCAUUUUCGACAACCCACCGAAUAUCUUCAUGAAGGUUAAGGCGCUGGACCUGAUGUUUCGAGGGUUCCUUAUCAACUGCAACAGAACGGACUUCGCCCCAAAGGCCGUGUGCACAGCUCUGAAGAAGGAAGUCGUUUCUGGCAUGGUGUUUGGACCUGGCAAUCAGUACUAUUUCUCACUCUUUGGGACGCGCAAUGGCUCGAUAGACCCUCAUGUGGUGACUGUGAAGAGAGGCAUUAACGAUGUGAUGGAAGUUGGGAAGGUGGUGGCUGUGGAUGGAAAGCCGAAGCUGGACGUGUGGAGAGACCAGUGCAACGAGUUCCAGGGCACUGAUGGCACGGUCUUCCCGCCAUUCCUGACGGAGUUUGAUCGUCUGCAGUCCUAUGCUGGAGAUCUCUGCAGGUCCUUCAAGCCCUGGUACCAGAAGAAGACUUCCUACCACGGUAUCAAGACCAACCGAUAUGUGGCCAACAUUGGCGAUUUCGCCAACGACCCUGAACUCAACUGUUUCUGCGAUGCUCCUGAUAAGUGUCCCCCCAAGGGUCUGAUGGACCUCUUCAACUGCAUGAAGGCCCCGAUGUACGCGUCCAUGCCACAUUUCCUAGACAGCGACCCUGUUUUACUCCAAAAUUGUAAAGGGCUAACACCUGAUGCGAACGAACAUGGAAUCGAAAUUGACUUUGAGCCUAUCAGUGGGACGCCGAUGGUGGCAAAACAACGGGUGCAGUUCAACAUGCGUCUCCUGAAGUCCGAUAAACUGGAGCUCUUCAAGACGCUCCCUGACACCAUCGCUCCGUUCUUCUGGAUAGAAGAGGGUCUGGCUCUGAACAAGACAUUCGUGAACAUGCUGAAGCAUCAGCUGUUCGUCCCGAAGCGGGCAGUGGGCGUGAUCAAAUGGCUGCUGGUGACCCUCGGCAGUCUGGGCUGCAUCACCUGCCUCAUCUUCCACUUCAAAGACCGAAUAAUGAGGUUCGCUGUCUCUCCCGGCUCCGCCGAAGCGAAGGUGCAACCGGAAGGUCAGAAGGAUAUCAGCGUGAUUGGCGAGGGUCAUGAGCCGGCGAAGGUGGCAAUGUAGAGCUUUAGACGACUCCUGGGCUUUGUAGGGAGGUGGGGAGGCCUGUACGGAGUCAAGUACGGAGUGGGGCGUGCUGUGGUGGUAUGGUUCUUCAGAUGGAUGAAAAAAGACUUUAAAAAGUAAAACGUGUAACAAAUGAGGUUUUAAUAAAGAUUUUUUGCUCGUGUUAAUAAUAAUUAUGAAUAAUUUUCGCCGCUUUUUUAGUAAUAAGUAGGUAGACAAGUAAUUUAAGAAUCAUAAAUUCAUAAUACCUGUUGAAAUGUUACUACUUUUUUAGAUUUUAAAAUUGUUAAGUACCUACUUACUUAAUUAUUGUCACUUACGCAAACCAAAUAUUAUUUAUUUCGAAGCACAAAAUACACCCGUGAUAGAAAUGCAGAGACAACUGUUAUACACAACAUCUAUAAAGACACGUUCGGAGGUCCCGGGUUCGAAUCCCUGUGAGACAUAUCACAAAAAUCAUUUUGUGAUCCCUAGUUUGGGUUAGGACAUUACAGGCUGAUCACCUGAUUGUCCGAAAGUAAGGCUAUCCGUGCUUCGGAAGGCACAUUAAGCCGUUGGUCCCGAUUACUGCUUACUGAUGUAAGUGAGUAAUGGUUACGUGAACCGUGUCAGGGGCCAUUGGCGGCUCAAUAAUAACCCUGACACCAGGGUUGCUGAGGUUGGUAAUCCACCUCACAACCCACACGAUAAGAAGAAGGUGAUCUUAUUGUUCGGGCAGCAAUUAAUUUUUGGGAGCAUUUGGUUGAUACUUGGAAUGAAGUAUUAUUGCGUAUGGCAAACAAAACGAAAAUAUCCUGCGUAGUUCAUAUAGCCAGCUUAAGCUCCCCUGACCAAAAAAGAACGAAUGAAGUCAAUGCGUAGUUACAUACAUACAUAAGAUGACCACUAUUCUCCUCACGGAAUGGGAAAAAAAACUACCUACAGUGUACGAUAUUGACUAGAUGUGUGCUAUACAUGUUUACCUCCUAAAAAGUGGCAGAAAAAAUGUAGUGAAAAACUAGGCCAAAGCGCACUCCGGAAACGCCUCGUUUUACACAGACACUACACAUUGACGUUAUCGUACACGCGCAUCUGUGUGGGUGACGUCUGACGUCAUACGAUUGAAAAAUUAAGACCGAAGAGGGGUGAGUUAGGCCGGUCACAUACAUUCGGAAUUCCGUUUCGGAAUUUCGAUUCGAAAUAUCGAUUCGUAAUAUCGAACGCAUUAAAUCCAUACAACAUCUAUGAAUCAACCACAUACUUACAGUUUUUUUCCGUUCGAAAUUUAAUCUGAUUGGGAAUUCUGUAUGAUGGCCUAUGUAUGUAACUGAGCCUUGUUAUUCCGAACGGAAAUAAACGUAUGUGUGUGAUAUAUUAACGGAAUCCCGAAACAGUAUUUCGAAUCGAAAUUCCGAAACGGAAUUCCGAAUGUAUGUGACCGGCCUUAAACCUAGCUCAGCUGCUGGUGGGGAGCGGAGAGUUGCCGGUCUAUACGUAGUCAUCAUCAUCUCCCUAGAAUUAUCCGUUUUUCACAGGGUCCACUUACCUAACCUGAACUGACUGCCUGUCUGACCUUUCAACCCGCAAAGGGAAAACCAGUCCAAUACAGGUCACAUGGGUGCCUCCAAAAAUGCAUUUCUCGGAAUGUGGGUUUCCUCACGAUGUUUUCCUUUACCGCUGAAUAGGUGAUAAUCAUUUAUGAUCCAAACAUGAAUUCGAAAACAAAUUCGACAAUCAUUUGUUUAGGCCUGUGUUGGAUUCGAACCUGCGACCUUAAAGCGAGAGGCAAGCUUUCUACCAACUGGACAACCACGGCUCUCGCUCUAUACGUAGUAUUAAUCAUUAUUCUAUGCCCAAAGGCAACUCCCAUCUAUAAUUUGUCUGAGUUAAGUAGGUUAUGAGAUGUUAUAAUAUAUUUUAAUAAAUUUUAUUUUUUAUAGUAAGUAGUAAUUAUGGUAGGUAUAAUAGGUACGCAC